AUGACUGAGAUGGUUUACACUGCACAUAUAGCAGCUUGUCAUGAUAUAGAAAGCCUCCCAGAUCUGUUUGCAGUGAAAGUUGUUUUCCAGGCUUUAGAAAGGCUCUUGAAAGUAGAAAACAUGUUUGCUGCUUUGCCUGUGUACCAUGUCCUGAAGGGGAAAUUUCUAAUCAGAGUGUUUUGUGAAACUACUGUUGUCAGAGCAAACAAUCGAAACCUGAGUUAUCUGCUCCUUGUAUCCAUUCAGCUCUGUUUCCUCUGCUCACUGAAUUUUAUUGGCUACCCUAAUGGAAUUAUCUGUAGACUCCGUCAGACAAUGUUUGGUGUAACAUUUGUUUUAUCAGUCUCCUGUGUUUUGGCUAAGACUGUUACGGUUGUUGUGGCCUUUAGACUAACAAACCCCAAAAGCCGUUUAAGAAGAUGGAUGGGAAUGCAGCUGGCUUACAUCAUAGUAACAGUGUGCACAUCUGUUCAGAUCCUCAUAUGUGUCAUCUGGACUGCCUUCUCCUCUCCAUUUCCAGAGCAGAACUUUUCAUCUAAACCGGGGGUGAUAAUUAUCGAAUGCAAUGAAGGUUCGGUGGUUGCUUUCUGGUGCAUGCUGGGUUACAUGGGUCUGCUGGCUUGUUUCUGCUUUGUUAUAGCAUUUAUGUCUAGACACCUGCCAGACAGCUUUAAUGAGGCCAAGUUCAUCACUUUCAGCAUGGUUGUGUUUAUUAGUGUCUGGCUUCAGUUCAUCCCUGCUUACCUCAGCACUAAGGGAAAAUACAUGGUAGCUGUAGAGAUAUUUGCCCUUAUUGCUUCUAGUGCUGGGCUGCUUAUCGGUAUAUUUUUCCCAAAGUGCUACAUCAUUCUAAUGAAACCUGAACAAAACACAAAGGAAUAUUUACGGGGGAAAGGAGCAUGGCAUGAUAUGAAUACUUAG